CGUUCCCUGGCUGUGGACAGAAGCUCAUAGAACAGGAUUUGAAAAGAAACUUGACAUCUUUCUGCUGGGGGAAUCUACAGUCUUGGCCUACCAGCGUCAAAACGAUGGCAAAUCCACUCUUACAUGUCUUUUUACUUGGAGUUAUGCUUCCUGUAGCUUCGUCCAUGAAGCCAUUUUGCAGUAGUAAGAUGGACGAGGGGAAGGCAGUGGAGGGAAACGAAGACGACAAACAACUGCAGUAUUACUACAAUGAGGGAAAAGGCGCCUGUUUUCCUUUCUUCUACAAAGGACUGGAAGGGAAUGAGAACCGCUUCAACACAGACAUGCAGUGUAUGAAGGCCUGCUCUGAGAAGUUUGAAGAGCUCUACCCAGCUGCAGAUGGAGUGUGUGGCCUCCCAGUAGACCAUGGUAGUUGUUUUGCUAUGUUGCUGAUGCACUACUACAACGCAGAAGAGGGGAACUGUCGUGUCUUCCACUACAGUGGCUGUCAGGGCAAUGGCAACCGCUUCGAGACCCGAGAGCAGUGUCUGCAGACAUGCAUGGCCAAAGCAGGAAGGUUUGGUGGUGCUAUGGAACCAGGACCCAACCCAGAUGAGAGUUCCACUAAUGCAGGACUGAUUGUGGGUAUUUUAGGAGGAAUUGUGUUCGCAGUGGCGGUGGUCUCUGCUAUUGUUCUUUUUGUUGUCCAAAGGAAAGAGAAAUCAAGAAAAGGGAGUGAGCAGGUACCAACUCUUGAGAUGAAGUAGAGAUGCAUCACCCUCAACCCUUGUUUUGGAUUUAGUUUAAAUGUGUUAUGUUUUAAAUGUACUCUAUUUUGGUUGAAUAAAAAAGGAAAAUGUAUCCCGUGCAUUAUCUAUAUAUUUUUUGGUUUAUAAACUGUGGGAUGUUGACAAAGUUAGCUGGUGAUGAGCAUUAACCAAACUGUAAAUAAUGCCUGCAUAUUGUAUGUUGAAUUUUGUAACAAGGACUGAUCUGAUCAACCCUCAAACUGGUCUCAGACUUAUAAACUGAUCAACUCUCCUUUUCAAGAAUCCUAAACACUUAUUCAUGUUCAAAUUACAAUGCCAUGUUUUAAGCAGUGGGGGCUGGUGGGAUCUAUAGAAGGACGGGCUCAUUGUAAGGACUGGAAUUAAAUAAUUGGAACGGAGUCAAACGUGAUUGCCAUAUGUUUGAUACCGUUCCAUUUAUUUCAUUCCAGCCAUUACAAUGAGCCCGUCCUCCUAUAGCACCUCCCACCAUCCGCCACUGGUUUUAAAUUAAUUAUUUUUCAAAUAAGUCUAUCUUAUAAACAAUUAAAUAGAUUGUUGAAAGGAUUUACAUUUUUAAAUUUGGAUAUGAAUGUUUGCAUUUGUUCUUUAUUGUACAAACGUGAAAAUAAAUGCAUUUUCAGAA